AUGGACACAACCACUUCUUCAACCACAACCAUUGCUACAACUAUGGACAAAACCACUGCUACAACCAUGGACACAACCACUGCUACAACCCCGGACACAACCACUGCUACAACCACAACCACUGCUACAACCACGACCACAAUCACUGCUACAACCACCACCACUGCUACAACCAUGGACACAACCACUGCUACAACCACAACCACUGCUACAACUAUGGACACAACCACUGCUACAACCAUGGACACAACCACUGCUACAACCCCGGACACAACCACUGCUACAACCACAACAACUGCUACAACCACGACCACAAUCACUGCUACAACCGCCACCACUGCUACAACCACGGACAUAACCAAUGCACCAACCCCGGACACAACCACUGCUACAACCACAACCACUGCUACAACCACGACCACAAUCACUGCUACAACAGCCACCACUGCUAUAACCAUGGACACAACCACUGCUACAACCACAACCACUGCUACAACUAUGGACAAAACCACUGCUACAACCAUGGACACAACCACUGCUACAACCCCGGACACAACCACUGCUACAACCACAACCACUGCUACAACCAUGGACACAACCACUGCUACAACCACGGACACAACCACUGCUACAACCAUGGACACAACAACUGCUACAACCCCGGACACAACCACUGCUACAACCAUGGACACAACCACUGCUACAACCCUGGACAUAACCACUACUACAACCCCGGACACAACCACUGCUACAACCACGGACACAACCACUGCUACAACCAUGGACACAACCACUGCUACAACCAUGGACACAACCACUGCUACAACCACGGACACAACCACUGCUACAACCACGGACACAACCAUGGACAUAACCACUGCUACAACCACGGACACAACCACUGCUACAACCCCGGACACAACCACUGCUACAACCAUGGACACAACCACUGCUACAACCAUGGACACAAUCACUGCUACAACCACGGACACAACCACUGCUACAACCACAACCACUGCUACAACCAUGGACACAACCACUUUUACAACCAUGGACACAACCACUGCUACAACCAUGGACACAACCACUGCUACAACCAUGGACACAAUCACUGCUACAACCCCGGACACAACCACUGCUACAACCACAACCACUGCUACAACCAUGGACACAACCACUGCUACAACCACAACCACGGACACAACCAUGGACACAACCACUGCUACAACCAUGGACACAACCACUUCUACAACCACGGACACAACCACUGCUACAACCAUGGACACAGCCACUGCUACAACCACGGACACAACCUCGUGCUUUUUACGAUCUUAA